UUUAUUCUAAAUUUACAUUGGAUCAUCUUUUACAUGAACAUAGACUCGUACUUGUGAAAAUGCAAAAAUCUUUUUUAUAUAAAAAUUUGAUUUAAAGAAAAAAGUCGAACUAUUGUUAACGUUACAUACCAGUAUCUUUCAGUUAAUUAAACGAUUAGGUAUUUUGGUAAUUAAUUUAUAAUGCAUAGUGUUAAAAAUUAUUUGAACAUUUGAAAGAUAAAGUAACAACUGCUAAUAAAAAUCGAGAGAUUUAAUUAGCUCUUCCUUACCAUUAAAAGAAUGCCAGGGUAAGCACAAUUAUUUUUCUUGUGAAACAUACUGUUAUAGGAUAUCUCUUCCACCGUCAAAAAAUCGUUUACAGUGUUACAGAAAUGUCUUUAGAUCAUAUGUUUUGUUCACGAUGCAGAGAAGGUUUUGUUGCACAUGAAAAAAUUGUUAAUUCACAUGGAGAAUUAUGGCACCCUCAAUGUUUUGUAUGUGCACAAUGUUUCCGACCAUUUCCUGAUGGAAUAUUUUAUGAAUUCGAAGGGUAUAAAUAUUGUGAACACGAUUUUCAUGUUUUGUUCGCCCCUUGUUGUGAGAAAUGUGGAGAAUUUGUUAUUGGUCGUGUAAUAAAAGCUAUGAAUGCUAAUUGGCAUCCAGGAUGUUUUCGUUGUGAACAAUGUAAUGGUGAAUUAGCGGAUGCAGGAUUUAUUAAGUGUCAAGGUAGAGCUUUGUGUCAUGCUUGUAAUGCCCGUGUCAAAGCAGGGGCAUUUGGAAAAUAUAUUUGCCAUCAGUGCCAUGGCGUAAUUGAUGAUAAACCUUUACGUUUCCGUGGAGAAUUAUAUCAUCCUUAUCAUUUUAAUUGUACAGCUUGUGGUAUAGAGCUGAAUUCUGAUGCUAGAGAAGUAAAUUCUAGACCAGGUUAUGCAGCCAAUGAAAUGAAUGAACUAUAUUGUUUGAGAUGUCAUGAUAAAAUGGGAAUUCCAAUUUGUGGAGCAUGUAGACGUCCAAUUGAAGAACGUGUAGUCACUGCUUUAGGUAAACACUGGCAUGUUGAGCACUUUGUCUGUGCAAAGUGUGAAAAACCAUUUUUAGGUCACAGACAUUAUGAAAAAAAAGGUCUCGCUUACUGUGAAACUCAUUAUCAUCAACUGUUUGGGAAUUUGUGUUUUGUCUGCAAUCAAGUAAUAGCAGGCGAUGUUUUUACAGCUUUAAAUAAAGCAUGGUGUGUUCAUCAUUUUGCGUGUGCAUUUUGCGAUCAGAAAAUGAAUCAAAAAACCAAAUUCUUUGAAUUUGAUUUAAAACCAGCAUGUAAAAAAUGUUAUGACAAAUUUCCACAGGAAUUGAAAAAGCGUAUGCGCCGUAUGUACGAUUUAAAUCCGAAAAGAAUACCAGCUUAAAGAAAAAGAUAUCAGAAUACUUAUCUAAGCUAUUUAAUGCAGAGAAAAGUAACAUUCAACACACCAAUGUUAAUUGCUAAUAUUUUUUUAUAUUAUUUCAUGUAUUUGUAUUUUAUACUUUAAUCUGUUAAGUAAUUGUUACAGAGGAAAUGUUGGUACACAUAUUGUGGGAGUUAGCUUGUUUGAACUAAUAGUCAUCUUUCUUUAUAUAACUGCAAAAUUAUUUAAAAGUCAAAGUGCCUUAUUCUACACAUCUUCAAUUGCUAAACUUAAUUCUUGACUUAGACUACAUGUGUAAAAAUAUAUUUGUUAUAUAAUGUCUUUAUGUAUAAAAAGCUACACCCCAGUGAAAUGUUUACAUUUUUAAGAAAAAUCUAGGUUAAUUGUAAUAUUAAUAUAUUUUUAUGAUAGAAAUUGCAUGGUUGCAUUUUGUACACAAUUUUAUAAAUUCAAUGCUAUAUUUGUUAUAUAAACUGUAUCGUAAUAAUAAUAUAUAUGUAUAAUUAAUAGAUUGUAUUUUCAUAUAUUAUGUAAAUUGCAAUGUUAUGAACAAUGUUCUGUUAUGAAAAUAUGUAGUUAAAAUAUUAUUUAAUGGAAGAAAAGUAUCAGACACUUUAUGUUCAAAGAGGGAUACCACAAUUUACGUUAUUAAAAUUUUCUAGAAAUUUUA